AUGGAAGGUAAGACACAGUAACGUGGUUUUAGGUGACUCCCCUCAUACUCAACCAGGUAGCCAGAUCUGUCUAUUCUUUAGCCGAUUCCUCUAUUGUUUGUUGUCAUGCUACAGGAGUUGGGAAAAUAACCAACAGAUGUAGCUGCUAUCUCAUCAGAUGCACCUAGUUUAACACAUGCCACACACUUUGUUACAUGCUUUCCUCUGGCGUUUCCUCAGGCUGGAUGCGUGUGAACGUGGGCGGGAGCCAGUUGGCCUCCCAGCGUCUGCUCCAGCUGAAGUACCCUGGUUACCUGGCCGCCGUCACCCUCAGCCGCAUGGAGGAGCUGCUCCACGAACACAGCUACACAGCCACAGACUACCACCAAGGUCUGCCUGCCAUGGGGCCAGAGAGAUGUAUUGAGAUUGUAUGAAACAGUAUGUGGUGCUUUGCUUUACAGUACCAGUCAAAAGUUUGGACACACCUACUCAUUCAAGGGUUUUUCUUUAUUUUUGACUAUUUUCUACAUUGUAGAAUAAUAGUGAAGACAUAAAAACUAUGAAAUAACACAUGAAAUCAUGUAGGAACCAAAAAAGUGUUAAACAAAUCAAAAUAUAUUUUAUAUUUUAGAUUCUUCAAGGUAGCCACCCUUUGCCUUGAUGACAGCUUUGCACACUCUUGGCAUUCUUCUCAACCAACUUCACCUGGAAUGCUUUUCCGACAGUCUUGAAGGAGUUCCCACAUAUGCUGAGCACUUGUUGGCUGCUUUUCCUUCACUCUGCGGUCCAACUCAUCCCAAACCAUCUCAAUUGGGUUGAGAUCGGAUGAUUGUGGAGGUCAGGUCAUCUGAUGCAGCACUCCAUCACUCUCCUUCUUGGUCAAAUAGCCCUUACACAGCCUGGAGGUGUGUUGGGUCAUUGUCCUGUUGAAAAACAAAUGAUAGUCCCACUAAGCGCAAACCAGAUGGGAUGGCGUAUCGCUGCAGAAUGCUGUGGUAGCCAUGCUGGUUAAGUGUGCCUUGAAUUCUAAAUAAAUCAUUUGACUGGUACUGCAUAUGUGAUUCAUUGCCUCUCUCUCUCGGUGUCCCUCAGCUGGAGAAGAGGUGCAGUGCAGAGUUCUAUGAGCAGGAGGUGCACCGCAUGCAGCUGCCCUACUCUGCCAAGGUUCUGGGCGGCGUGGUGAGUGUGGAGGAGAGGCAGGAGAGACGCGCCCAGCAGCUGCGCAGGCAGCAGGAGAUAAACGCCCGGCGCAGGGAGGAGAAGCUGCAGCAGGACGAAGAGCAUCUGGAUAA